AUGACAAAAAUAACUUUUCUAUUAUUCUUACUGUCCAUCCCCAUAAUAAAGUUCACAGAUGCUUCUUCAGCUCAAGCCAUUGUGUAUUCAAAUGUUGCUAUGUCAGGCUCAUAUCAGGAUAUUACAAAUAUGGAUGAAAAUUCCGGAGUUUGCUCACAAAAAUCAUAUGCAGUCUCAGGCAACAUUGCACCAUUAGAUGAAGAAUUAUCUGUACAUUUUCGUGGCCCAAUUCGUAUUGUUCAAUUUGGUGUCUAUUCUUCAAGUGGUGGGGGUACCAAUUUAAAGAAAAGGGACUUCGAUGAAUCAAUUACAGAUAAAAUCACUUCUAGUCAAGAAGGCCAUAGACAUAAAAAACCACACAGUAGUAAUAGCCUAAUACAAAUUAUAAAUGAUCAAAAGAAUUUUCCAUCAAUUACAAGUUUACCGAAGGAUUUAUUUGUCAAUAAAGAAGUUUCAUCUUCAUCUUGGUCACGGAUUGCUUAUUAUACACCCGGUACAAGUUCUAAUUGUGUAUUUAUGAAUCAUCAAGGCGGUAGUGGCUCAGGAACAUUUUCCAUAGCAUUUGGUAAUUCAAUUUCAUAUGCUAGCUCCGAUGGCAAAAGUUGUGCAUCUUCACCACAAACGUUAAAUGAUGUAACAUUGGGAUCUAAUGUGGAAGUAAUAAUUUUUUCAAGUACACAAUGCAGUAGUAAUGAUUGCGGUUAUUGUCGAAGUAAUAUCCCAGCAUAUCAUGGAUUUGGUGGGGCAACAAAAAUGUUUGUAUUUGAAUUUUCUAUGCCUCAUGAUUCAGGUGGUAGUACAGUCAAUCAAGAUAUGCCGGCAGUAUGGUUAUUAAAUGCCAAGAUUCCAAGAACUUUACAAUACGGUAAUAGCCAAUGCUCAUGCUGGGCUACUGGAUGUGGAGAACUAGAUCUAUUUGAAAUUAUCAGUAGUGGAUCUAAUGAUUUGACUACUACAUUGCAUGAUGGUCAGGGUAAACCUGGAUCUGCUCAAGGUGGUGGUGGGAGUGGUUCCACGUUUUCUAGGCCUACACAAGGAACAAAGAAAUAUGUAGUAAUAUUUAAUGGAAACGAUAAAAGUAUUCAUCUAGUUGAGUUAGAUGAUGGAGAAAUCAGUACUUUUGGAGGUACUAUUAGUGGUGAUCAGGUUUCUGGUUGGUUAAGUAAAACUGGAGCAGUUGUUAAUUUAUCGUAA